AUGAUUUAUAGCCUAAUGAUAUGUGCGGGGGCAUUGCUGGGCUGGUGGAUUUUGGCGAAGCUGCUGGCACCCAAAGGUGCACAUCCCCCUCUUCCCCCAGGACCAUGGAGGAAGCCGAUCAUUGGCAACCUGGCCGACUUUCCGCCAAAGGGAACCCCCGAGUGGUUAUUUUGGGCUAAGCAUCAAGAGCGAUAUGGGCCCAUAAGCUCUCUGGAGGUCAUGGGGCAGACCAUUAUCAUGAUCAACGACGCUCACUUGGGUGUCGAGAUUAUGCACAAGAAGUCCGCCUUGAGCCAGAUGAUCCCGGAUGCCCCCUUUGCGCAUAUGGCGGGGUGGGGAAUGAGCCUGGCUACCGAGCGCAAUAAGCAAGCCUGGAAGACGAUUCGAGCCAAUAUGAAACAGGAAGUUGGGACAAGGCGAGCCAUCUCUACGUUUCAUCCCAAGAUGGAUAUUGGCAUUCGACGGUUCUUGUUGAGGACUUUGGACAGCCCGGACGACCUUCGGUUCAACAUCCGGAAGGAAGCGAACGCGUUCAUGAUGGAUGUGGCCUAUGGCUACACCAUUGCACCGUAUGGCAAAGAUGAGUUGUACGAUCUGACCCAACGGUCGGUUCGGCAGUUUUCCCAAAUCUUCUCGCCAGGAGCAUGGAGUGUCAAUUUUUUCCCCAUACUACGAUACGUACCAUCCUGGUUCCCCGGAGCCUCGUUCCAAAUUAAGGCUGCAGAAUACAAGCGAACCAUCGAAAGAUUGACUAUGGUCCCCUACUUAUGGAUCAAAGAUCAAGUCGCUCGUGACUGCUGCCGUCCUUCCGUCCUCUUGCGCUUGUUACAGAAGGGCCACUAUGAAUCUGGAUCACAUCAAGAGCAGGUUUUGGUAUGGACUAAUGCCGAAUUCGUUAUGGGAGGAUCGGAUACGACGGUGUCGGCUGUGUCUAGCUUUUUCGUGGCCAUGGCCUUGUACCCCGAGGUUCAACGCAAGGCGCGCAAGGAGCUCGACCGAGUCGUGGGGCCAACUACUCUAGCAACCUUCGAGCACCGUUCGCAUUUACCCUAUAUUGAUGCCCUUGUCAAGGAGGUGUUUCGAUGGCAUCCUGCUUCCCCCUUGGGUGCCCCCCAUAUUACGCAGGAGGAUCAGAUCUGGGAUGGGUAUCUGCUGCCCAGAGGUGCUCUCCUAUUGCCGAACAUCUGGUUGUUCCACUUCCAUUCGUUCUUUCACCUUUUUAGUCUUCAAACUAACUUUUUACUUGUCAGGGCUUUUACCCAUGAUCCUAGUGUCUACCACGACCCGAUGGUGUUCAAGCCCGAGCGAUUCCUAGAGGGAAACAGCUCCCCACCGGAAACAGAUCCCAUGAAAUUUGUGUUUGGCUUUGGGCGUCGUAUAUGCCCCGGUCGUUUUAUCACGGACGAAAAGCUGUUUUUGCUUGCGUGCCACACGCUCAGCUGCUUCCUGAUCUCGCCCAAGGAUCCAGGAGCUCCGGAACCCGACUGGUUGCCGGGGGUCAUCAGCCAACCGGGCCCGUUUCCCCUUAAUGUGGUGCCUCGCAGCCCUGUACACGAAGAAUUGGUUCGCUCAAUCGAGACGGACCAUCCCUGGGGGAAUGCCGAUGCUACUGACAUCUCCCGAUUCAUGGCCAGAAAUGAGAUGAUUUGA